AUUAUUGUGACGUACCAUUCACGGACCGUUUCUCAAAACAAGUCCGACUGAAUCGGAUUACGGAUAACGUACUGUAGCAGUCAACUGCCUGCGCUGUUUUUAUUAUCAAUUAAUAUUAAUUAAAGCAAAAAUACUGCUGAUUACCCCUAUACGGUAUCUUCAUCCUCUUCAAUGGCGUCUAGAUCUCCGUCCUCUUCCCCAGACUCAGCGACGGGCUCUGGUACUGAUCCAGCCCGGCCCGACACCGGCGAGCCGCUCGGUGGAGGUUCUGAUUCGGAUUCAGAUUUCGGAUUAGGGAAAUUUGAUUGCAGUGCUGGGGAUGCAGCGCUUCGAUUAGAAGGAGCCGAUCUAGAGAAUGAAUUCGAGGCGGCAGCGGACCGGGUCAGAGAUCUCGUCCAGACAGCCAGUAGAGAGCAGCUGCUGUAUCUGUACGCCAGGUUCAAACAGGUUAAAGUGGGAAAGUGCAAUACAUCAAAACCUGGUUUCUUCGAUUUCGAGGGUCAGAGAAAAUGGUCAGCAUGGAAACAACUGGGGGACAUGAGUGCAGAGCAGGCCAUGAAAGAGUAUGUGUCCUGUGUGCAUGCCCUGGAUCCUGAAGGCAGCCAAAAGUCAUCUGAGCGAAGGGGAGGAGAGAAGCGAACUGGAUUCGGCGGGCCAGCGGUUAGCUCUCUAUACCAAGAGGAAAAGAUAAGGGAAGAGGACAAAAAUAUUUUCGACUAUUGCAGAGAGAACAACAUCGAACACAUCAGCAAGGCCAUCAGCUCCAAGAAAGUGGAUGUGAAUACAAGGGAUGAAGAGGGCCGGGCUCUUCUGCACUGGGCGUGUGACAGGGGCCACAAAGACCUGGUGUCUCUACUCUUGCAAAACAAUGCUGAUAUCAAUAGCCAGGAUGACGAAGGACAGACCGCACUGCACUAUGCCUCAGCUUGUGAGUUUGCAGAAAUCGUUGAGUUGCUCCUGAAGGCCGGAGCUGACCCGUCAAUCAAAGAUCAAGAGGGCUCCCUUCCAGAGGAGGUGACAGAGUCUAGCGCCAUCUCCUCUCUCCUGCGCCAGUACACUGCUCCUAAAGGCUAAAUCUCACUCUGUGAAAUCUCACUCCACAAGAUCAAACCCAAACCACAUGAUCUCCAUCCAGCUAAAAGUUCAUACAAACAGUGCUCCUCAUUCAAAUGGUACAUGCCUGCUGUCAAACUGACACUAGUUCCAGAACUGAACUCAGUUCAGCAUUCUAGAACUAUUAGCAUUGAUUCCACUUGGCUGUGAAGCACAGAAGUUAUACUUUCAAACAGUUAAGUUCAGACAACCUGUCCUCCCCCGUCCUAGAAUGGUACAUUCCAAUGAAUGUGUUACUGUUGUUACUAUUAAAGACAUGGAAUCUUAAAAUGGUGUCUCCUUU